AUGGAGUUGUUGAGAAGUAAGGUGAUCGGUGAUCCGUUGGGGGUACGCGAGAGUUUACACAAAGAUGAUGGAGGUAAAACUAACAAUAGACAAGAAGAUGCCCAUAGACAAGCAAAUACACAUGUAGAGGAUCAUAAAGGAGUGAGUUGGAGUGCUAAUAAAGUAGCGAGUACAGAGAAUAUCAGAGAAAAAAGUGGAAAUGUAGCAGAGACAAUUGAGAAGGAUUAUAAAGAUGGAAUGAGAGGUCGAAUGAAAUCGAAACGACAAAACGGCAAGAAACGGCCCGCUAGUGAAGAUUUGCUAGAGGAAAUCAUCCCUAUGAAACGAGCCUUCAUGCAAACUGAUGUGCCACCUAAAGAAACGGUUACACUUAAACGAAAGUGUUCAGUAUGGCAAGACAAGUCAGCCAUACCUGUAAAACGGGCUAGAACGUGUAAUACAAAGCAAGAGAUAUUGCAGAUUGAGGAUCCAGUAGCUAAGGCGAUACGCCGACAAGGGAGCACCAGUGGUGCUACCCUUACAUGUGGCCAAGGGGACACUGGCCAGCUGGGACUAGGAGAGGAAGUCCUAGAAAAAACAAGAUUCACGGAAGUCUCGAAAUUAAAAGAUGUUAUUUCCGUAGCUGGUGGAGGAAUGCACAACAUAAUCCUCACCAAUGAUGGUUGCGUUGCAACCUUUGGUUGUAACGACGAGGGGGCAUUGGGAAGAGACAUUACAGAGUGUGGAGAAGCUACCCCAGGAUUUGUAGAGUUGCCUGCGCGGGCUAUACAAGUAACCGCGGGUGAUUCACACAGUGCCGCUCUUCUUGAAGAUGGGAGGGUUUAUUGUUGGGGAGCAUUUCGGGAUUCACACGGAACUUUAGGGUUAAUCAAUAGAAAAAAAGAAGAGACUCCAAUUGAAAUUCUACAUAACAAAAAAUUUUUGAAAAUAGCGUCCGGGUCAGAUCAUAUUGUGCUCCUGGAUAACACUGGGACAGUGUUUACACUUGGGUGUGCCGAGCAGGGCCAGCUCGGCAGAGUUUCGGUAAGAAAAGUAGACCGAUAUAGUAGACGGGGAAAGGACCAACUUCUCACCCCAGAGAAAGUCUACUUUCACAUAAAAAAAAAUAUCAUUAUUAGAAAUAUUUGGGCUGGUAGCUUUUCCACGUUCGCUGAAGCAGGGAAUGGUGACCUGUAUGUUAGUGGGCUUAACAACUAUAAUCAGAUCGGUCUUAAAGGAUGUGAUAAAACCUUACAUCCGAAGGUUUCGCACACAUUCAGCAGACACAGAUGGAUGCAAAUUAGCUCAGGUCAGCAUCACACAGUUGCUGUGAACGAUCAAGGACAAGUUUAUACAAUCGGGCGUAAGGAAUACGGAAGAUUAGGCCUUGGAAGCCUAUGCGAGGAUGCUCAGGAGCUGAUUCCAGUGCCCAAGCUGGAAAACUUAAAGUGUAUUGACGUGGCAGCUGGUACUGCACAGUCGUUUGCCGUCACAAAUACUGGAACACUCUAUGCCUGGGGCAUGGGCUCGGAAGGUCAGUUAGGAACUGGUAAAGAGGAAGAUAUAUACGAGCCUGAAUUAAUUAAUUCGAAACACGUCAAAGAUGCAUUUCCAACAAAGAAUUCAAGCGUCGUUCUCAAGACAGCGAAACCCAUAAACUACGCGCACGACGGUAUACACCCGGAUAACUGCAAGAGAGAUGACAGUACAUCCGCCGAGCCAUCGGUGUACCAGCUGGCGACAAGACAAGUCAACCCACAACGUCAAAGAUUAGGAGCUAUAAAACUGACAGCUCACUGCACGAAUAAGCAAGUCAGUGUCUCUGUAGCAAGGUUCGUAAAAAAAUUUGCAAGAGCAAGAAGGACGUGGUGCAGCGAGAUGUUGACGGAAUCGCGGGAAGAGUUCGUCCCGACGGAGGAGGUCGAGGUCGAGUUGGACGAGUUCGAUUACUACGGAGACGCGGACCAAGACCUGCUGCUGCUGGAGGACCAGUCGGUGGAGUUGCACAGCCUGGCGGAGCAAAUUUUGCGGGAAACCUCGUUGGACUCGGCGGCGGGCUCGGACGACGAGGACCGGGAAGUCGUUUGCCAGGUGAUAAACCGAGAAGCCGAGAGGAUCAUGCGCUUGACGAGGGAGAUAUUGUGCAGGGCACAAGAGGAAAUGAGCGAUCGAGCAAAGAGCGGAGACGUGGGAGUGGACGGGACCACGAGGUCGGUGGCUCAGGAGAGUUCGAGGGAUGCAGUUUCGGGUGGUGCGGAUGAGACGGGAAAAAGCCAUAGGUUUGGGGACUUCGAUGUGUUUGGGGUGGCCAACUCGAGGCAAAGCUUUGCCUGA